AUGUCUAAGAGAGCUAUUGAAAGAGACACAGAAAACGAUGAAAGGAUAGUUUCCGCGAAAACUGGCAGCGAAGCUAAUCCUAAUCAGAUCGAGCAAGAUUUCGAAAUGGAUGAUGACCAGUUUAGUGAUGAUUUCCAGAGUGACGAAGAAAUUAUUGAAUUAGAUGAUGAAGACAGUGGUGCUGAAUUAGACCUUGAGGAAGAUGGCAAAAUCUUAGAAGUUACAGAAGAGAAAGCGGCAGAACUCCUAAAGAAAGAUCAAGAAGCGUCUGCACCAGAGAACAAAACUGGUCAAGAAUUGUAUCUACCCCAUUUAUCCCGUCCAUUAGGUCCUGAUGAAGUUUUAGAGGCAGAUCCAACAGUUUACGAUAUGUUACACAACGUGACUAUGCCAUGGCCUUGCCUAACACUUGAUAUUAUUCCUGAUAAUUUAGGUUCCCAACGUAGAAACUAUCCACAAUCUCUAUUAAUGACAACUGCUACUCAAGCAUCUAGAAAGAAGGAAAAUGAACUCAUGGUACUAAGUUUAUCCCAAUUAGCCAAAACUUUAGUGAAAGACGACGAUGAAGUUAACUCUGAUGAAGAAGAUGAAGAUCGUGAUGAGACAGAUCCUAUCAUUGAAAAUGAGAAUAUUUCUUUGAGGGACACCACCAACAGGCUAAGAGUUUCUCCAUUUGCACAAUCAAAUAAAGAGGUCUUAACCGCAACCAUGUCGGAAAACGGUGAAGUUUACAUUUUCGAUUUAGGUCCACAGUCUAAAGCAUUUUCCUCACCGGGUUACCAAGUUCCAAAAUCAUCUAAAAGGCCUGUACAUACUAUUAAAAAUCAUGGUAAUGUCGAAGGUUAUGCCCUGGAUUGGUCUCCUUUAAUAAAAACCGGCGCUCUUCUUACCGGUGAUUGUAGCGGUCAAAUUUAUUUGACUCAAAGAAACACCUCCAAGUGGGUCACCGAUAAACAGCCAUUUACAGUUGGUAAUAAUAAAUCAGUCGAAGAUAUUCAAUGGUCUCGUACUGAAGCUACUGUCUUUGCAUCAUGUGGCUGUGAUGGUUACGUUAGAAUUUGGGAUACCAGAUCCAAACAACAUAAACCAGCCCUUUCAGUUAAGGCCUCAAAUACUGAUGUUAACGUUAUCAGUUGGAACGAAAAAAUUGGUUAUUUAUUGGCUAGUGGUGACGAUAAUGGUUCGUGGGGUGUCUGGGAUUUAAGACAAUUCACACCUGACAACAUCAAUAAUGUACAACCUGUAGCUCAAUACGAUUUCCAUAAGGGUGCCAUCACCUCUAUUAGCUUUAACCCUCUGGAGGAAUCAAUCAUUGCCGUUGCUUCAGAAGAUAACACUGUUACUCUAUGGGAUUUAUCUGUGGAAGCUGACGACGAAGAAAUUAAGCAACAAGCUGCCGAAACAAAAGAACUAGAGUCUAUUCCACCACAACUUCUUUUUGUUCACUGGCAAAAGGAAGUCAAAGAUGUCAAAUGGCAUAAACAAAUUCCUGGAUGUUUAGUAAGUACUGGUACUGACGGUUUAAAUAUCUGGAAGACAAUCAGCGUUUAG